GGUUUGCUCAUUGGUUAAAGCGUUUGCAUUUAAUAAUUGUUUAAAAUAUUUUUUAUCGCCUAAUAAUCAAAGUAAUAAAAAUUGUAUACGACAAUAAUGGCCAGUGGUGUUGAAGCCAAAGGCCAAAGCCAACCUAAAAACCUGAUAUUUGUAGUGGGUAGUACCAUUGAACGAGAUGGUGUCCCAGAAGAUCUAACUAAAAUAAAACUUUUAGAAGGUCCUUACAAUGCCCAAAUAAUAGAUUUGAUGGACAAGACGAAAGUAGAAUACAAAACGUAUUUUAGUAAUCUAAAAAAAGAUAAGGAUUGGCUCGAAAAAUUUAGACAAUGUAAUUUUGUAUUCGUAAUCUGCAUGUGUCAUGGUGAUACAGAUGGACAAAUAAAAUCCAAAGAUGAAAUCAUACAAUUAAAAUGCUAUUUUCUAAAUCCAUUUUUUUCCAUCGAGCAGCUGGAUGGGAAACUCAAAUGGUUGGUUGUGCAGUCAUGCAGAGGCAGUUUGAAAAGUGAUGCUAUGGAUGCGGAUGGAAAAUCAAAACGUAAAUAUUUAGAUCGUUUUAUGGUCUCGUAUUGCACUACUGAAGGAAUGGUUAGUGAACAAUAUAAUAAGAACGGCAAAAUUUUUAUACAAUAUCUAUGUGAAGAGCUAGCUGACAAUGCAAAUAAAAAUAACUAUAAAACAUCAUUGUUCACAAUGAUGGAGAACAUUAUAGAAAAAGUUCGUCAAUAUGGUAUUGAUCAAAAUAUCAGCGAUUAUCCAGUACCGGAGUAUAUUAAAAAUUUCUAUGAUCAUUUCUUUGUACAAUAAAAAAAAAAAACUGUAACGGCAACGACAUGUUAACUGAUAUUAAGAAAGAUAAAGGAAAUGUAAACAAAAAUAUACAUACAUAUGUAUGUACAUUACUAUUUAAAGUUACAUUCCACGAAAUUUUUUUUGGUUACUUCCUGUUCUACAACGUAUGCAUUAAACUUGUACUCGUUCUAUUUUUAUUGUUACAAAAUUCGGUUCAAAUUAGUUUAGCAUUCAUUAUAAUUCUAGCCAAAAUUUGUAAGUAUCAGAUCUGAACAACCAAUCCAACCAAAAUGUUUAUAAAGAGUUGGUUAUAUUGCCUACUUAUAUGAGGGCUAAGAUCAUAAUAUGAUAUGUAUAUGAGCAUUACAUAUGUAUGUAUUGUAUAUGGAAAGCGAUCGAUUUUUAAAGAAAUUAACAAAAUUCUUGCUGAUCACAUUAUAUUGUCAUAAACUUACCUUUAUGAAAAUCAUCAUGACAUUGUUUUUGUUUAAAAUUGUUUUUAAAAAUUAAUAUAUCAAUAAACCAAAGAAUGUUCUAUUAAAAAUUUGUUUUAUUUUAACCAACAUUACUUUGCAAAAUUUUCCAUUAAAUAAUUUCACUUUUGCUAUAUUUUGCUGAUCAAUUUAUGUUAUUAUUUUAAUAAUUUUUUGAUCUUAGUUUAUGUUUAUUUUUAACAAAAUAAAAAUAAAUAUGAUUGAUUACACAUACAAUACUUUGCGACGAACUGCGACUGACAGCUACGCAACGUAGAAAAAGUGAUGUCCAAUCGUUGCGUUGAUAAAAUAUGAAAAAAUAAUUAAAUAUGUUUUAAUAUUACCUAUAAAAAAUAUUCAAUAUAAAAUAUUUAAAGUAAAAAAUAUUUCAUUUAAAAAUGGUGCGUUUUGCACACACACAAAUCAUAAUUAUACACAACAAAAAAGACAAACAAUAAUAUUGACAGUUUUGUUUUUGUUCUAAUUUUCUCUUUCUUUCUUCUUUUUCGUACGCCAAAGUUGAAUAUUUUUCAACUUUUUUACUUCGUGCACAAGUUUGACGUAUUGAUUAUGACCGCUCUCAUUUAAAUACAUACAGUAAAUACGAGCUGUCAGCCGCAGUUCGUCGUAAAGGAUUGUAUGUGUUUGGACCUUAACACUUUAUUAUAAACUUUAAGGAAUUUAGAACUGAAAAUAAAACGUAUAAAUUGAUGAAAUCAAA